AUGUCGGGGACCGUGUCAUCGGGUCAAAGCCAAAUUGUUGGCGGCGCCAAAGAUACAGUAGGUAACGGGUCUCAACAGCAGUCAAGGCAUCGGAAUGAACUGAAUAGGUCCGGCCCUCGCGGCAACGACAGUCCGCUGCCAUGCAAACGUACCAGAACUGUAGGGCGCCAGGAGCGGAGCCAAUCUGAGGAGGCGGAUGACCUUGCCGACGUGCUGCGUGUAUUGGAGGAAGAGUUCACAGAAAAGGAGCGGCUAUCCGAUGACCAGAUAUGGUGUCUGCCUGUGAGCCACAAGAGAAAGGUGAAGACGGUCGAGGAGUUCUAUAAAGCGUUCCACGACGUGAGAACGCUGCCGGUCCUCACCUGUAUGUUCUGUUAUCGUAAGCAUAGCAGAGCUGAGUUGCAGUAUGCUGAUUGGGACUGGUGGGUGGCAAAUGCCAUCGAAAAGCGCGACGGCUCACCUUUCAAGUGCGUUCAGUGCUUCCCUGUAGGACAGAAGAUUCUCGGGUGCGCAGACUGCAUGAGACACCUGGGGAGAGCUCUCACGCCGGUCGAGGAGAAGCUGAUUGCGCUGAACUCGUGUUGCGGCUUCAUCACCAAGCACAGCGUCUCAGAUGGACACAGACAAGGAGUGACCUACCCGAGACAUGUGAAGGGACAUAUCACGGUGUUCCCAAACAACAUGCAGGAGCUAACAACGAAUGUCCUCCCACAUCCGCUCUUGAAAGUCAUGGAUGAUGUCUGUAUAUCAUGGCAGGGGCAGGAGAAACCAGCGCCGAGUGACCUGUCAACGUUACUAUCGGUGCGACGUAACGCCGUUGAGGAGGCAUUACUGUGGCCCAAAAAGUACAAUCCGUUGUAUGCCGACAUCGAAAUUGACGAGGCGGAAUUGGAUAGUUGGGAUGCGCCGUGUCACGGAGUGCCUUCCCCAGUAUUUGAUCGACUGGAACGGAACGAGCCUUCGGCGAGGGAGAAGAUGCAGACGGCGCACAUUGCCCCACCCGAAGAGCGCGAUAUAGACGGCCAUGAACCGGUAGAUAUCCAAGAGAUCAUGGCAUCUUUAGCCGAAGGCCUAAGCACAUCAGGAGAACCAGAAGUUGAUGACUUCACCUCUGAUGAGGAUGGUGACGAUUGGGUCGGUGAUAACAGAAAUCGAGUGGACGGAACAGAAUCAUCCGACAUGUUCAGCUUAGACGGGCGCCUAGAUAUCCCAGAGGCGGAGAAGCUACGGUAUCUCGUCGAGUCCAUGGGUGAGGUGGGGCCCGGGGAGCAUACACAUGGAAGUACCUGGAAAGGGUCAGCCAAGGUGAGGCACGGGGGUGCCGUCGAGCAUUACAUCGUAAUUUUUCGUGGUGAAGUCUUUGCAGAUUCCUUUGACACCUGGUUUCUAGCCAAAACAUUUCCCAGCUUGUUCCCGCUGGGCAAUGGCGGUCCCCGUGAGGCCGAAGAGUACUCCAAGGAUGCGGCAGGGCCAGUGCACCCUACUUUCGAGCUGGAAGCCGCUGAGCAGCACCUCGUAUCGUCCCGGAACAUGGGCUUGGAGGCUUGGCUGAAAAUGGUGAUCCAGCGACACGGCGGCCGCUUCGCAACGCAUCCUGUCUUUUCCUUUCUCGUUUUCAAUAUCGGCGUGCGGUCUAGAAACCGCCGUGUGAGCAUGGCAAGCAUGCGAAGGAGUGAUUUCCCGGACGUAGAACAUACCAUCCAAGACUUGACCGCGUUAAGGCUUGAGAAGGCGAGGGGAGAGCUAGAGGCUUGCGGUAAGACUGUCGAUCCAGACGUCAACCGGCUGCUGAGGAACCUGUCACUUUACGGCCACCGUCAGCCGAUGUCAAGGGAGAGCCGGCUGACGAUGCGGCGAAAGAUCAACGAUAUCACGAACCCGAUAAAGCUCAAGCUGGCUGCAUACCGUACCCGUGAGACAGGCGGAGCCGAAGAAUAUCUAGGAAGUCUUGAUCAGGCGCACAAGAGGGCUCGACUCGCGGUAUCGGAACCCCUCAGCUCGGCAAUCUUCCUCCAUCGGGAGAUCUCCAUGUUCUUCCAGUACUACGUGAUAGCUGGGAAGGAUUCGGUACUCGGGCGGGUUAGCCAGUACUAUGGGGCAGUAGAAGCCAAUGAAAGGGGCGCGCUCCACCUUCACGGCCUCCUCUGGCUGCAGGGUAAUAUGUAUUUGAGUUCCCUUCUCAGCGACGUUCAAGGAGAGGAGCAAGCGGCAUAUCGGCAGCGAGGAGGCACCGGCAAGUCUCGCGUCAUUGCUGUCGUCGCGGAAUUGUUCGUUCGUACAGAGCAAUCCUAUCGCCUGCUAUUGAUGGCGGCGUCCGGCACAGCGGCCGCAAACAUCAAUGGAAUCACUAUCCAUUCCGCUUGCAGAUUUUCUAAAGACACAGUUGUGAGAGUAGGCCGCGCCGGUGCCCCAGAUGGCUUCGCAUCGCCUGGCUCGGCAGCUCUCCGCAUCGACGAGCAGACCAAGAUGGACUGGCAGGAGAAACAGGUCUUGAUCAUAGACGAAGUCAGCAUGCUGGGCGCUCGGACGCUGCACGUCGUCAAGGAACAGCUCUGCAGAUUGAGAGAGUCUGCUUAA